AAAGAAACGGAAGUUGUUCUUUGUUCCCGGCGAAUUUUAACAAAGCUUCAGUUUUCUUGUAAAAAGUGCAUUUUUAGUUACAAAAUGAGUGGCGGUGUGUACGGGGGAGAUGAGGUUGGUGCAAUUGUGUUUGAUAUCGGAUCCUAUUCCUUUAGGGCUGGAUUUGCAGGAGAAGAUACACCAAAGACUGAAAUGCCAACUCAUGUUGGUAUAGUUGAUGAUCUGGAGACUGCCAUGGAAACGGAUACAUUAGACGUACCUAAACAGCCCGAUAGAAAAUAUUUCAUGGAUACAGUUCAUAUAAAGGUUCCCCGUAAAAAGAUGGAUAUGGUCAGUUUCCUUAAAGAUGGAAUGGUUGAUAAUUGGGAUGUGUUUGAGAAAGUUAUGGACUACACGUAUGAAAGACAUAUAAAAUCAGAUGCCGACCAUCAUCCUGUCAUGAUGUCAGAACCAGCCUGGAAUACGAGAGAAAAAAGAGAAAAAAUGACAGAAAUUAUGUUUGAGAAAUAUAAUGUACCUGCUUUCUUCUUGAGUAAAAGUCCAGUAUUAUCAGCAUUUGCAAAUGGUAGAUCAACAGCUUUGAUAUUAGACAGUGGCGCCACUCAUACGUCUGCUGUUCCGGUGUAUGAUGGAUAUGUUUUACAGCAUGGUAUAGUUAAAUCACCUUUAGCUGGUGACUUUGUUACGGUAGAAUGUAGAAAAAUGAUGGAAGAAUUAAAUGUAGAAGUUAUCCCCCCUUAUCUUAUACAAAGUAAAGAAGAAGUAAAAGAAAAUGAACCACCAAAAUGGAAGAAAAAGGAUAUUUGUGAAGUGACGAAAUCAUUCCAUAACUAUAUGGUUAAGGAUGUUUUACAGGAUUUUGCUGCCUCUGUAUUAAAUGUUUCGGAUGCUCCAUAUGAUCAAGAAACUGUUGAUAGCAUGCCAUUGUUUCAUUAUGAAUUCCCUAAUGGCUAUAAUAUGGAUUUUGGUUCAGAAAGAUUUAAAGCUUGUGAGGGUUUAUUUGAUCCAUCUAUUAUCAAAGAUAUACCUGGUAAUACUAUGUUAGGAGCUGGUCAUGUGGUAACUACUAGUGUUGGAAUGUGUGAUAUAGAUUGUAGACCGAGUUUAUAUGGUAGUGUUAUAGUAGUUGGUGGUAAUACGUUACUCGGUGGUUUUACAGAAAGAUUAAACAGAGAUUUAAGUUCUAAAACCCCACCGAGUAUGAGAUUAAAGAUUAUAGCAGCGACAAGUACGGCCGAGAGGAGAUUUAGUUCGUGGAUUGGUGGAUCUAUUCUAGCUUCAUUGGGAGCCUUUCAACAAAUGUGGAUCUCUAAACAAGAAUAUGAUGAAGGUGGAAAAAGUUGUGUUGAGAGAAAAUGUCCUUGAACUUUGACCCAAUAAAAUAUCUUGACAUUUGACAAUCAACAGAAAAAGUAACGAGUGCUUCGGUGAAGAAAAAUCAAACUAUGACUAUUAUUAUUUUUUGUGCAUAAAGACAAAUAAAUAUUUAACAUCCUCCCUUAAAGAUCAUAUUGAGAUGUAAAAUGGCUGAUAUUUCGAGAUCAAAAGAAAAACAUUUCAGCGCUUCUUAUGUCACCAUUGUGCAUAUAAUAGUGCUGUUUCACUGCUCAUGGUGGAAUUUUAGAUUUAAAAUUUACUCAUUAAACAGGGCUUAAAAGAGAACACAGAUAACUGAUGAGGAAGAUGUUAUAUAUCUUCAUGUGGUUUUACAGUCCAACCAAUUUUUUUUUUUUACUGAAAAGACAUCUCCUAUUAAAAUAAACAAAACAAUUACUACAAUGAUCCUCUUGUCGUUAUAUAUUUUAAUAUUGCAUGGAUGUUAGAUAGAGAUUUCACUCCAGAUUGAACAACCGUCGUUUAUGUCUGCUUAGUCCAUUCUCCACUUUUUUUUGAUCAUAUUUUAUGGUUUGUGAAUCGGUCAUUACUAAUUACUUCCACAAAACAAUUACUACAAUGAUCAUGCCAAAUUGAACGACCAUCAUUUAUGUCUGCUUUAGUCCAUUCUCCGCUUGGUUUUUUAUCAUAAUUUAUGGUUUGUGAAUCAGUCAUUACUAAUAACUUCAACAUUGUCUUAUAGGAUAUGUUUUUCUUUCUUUAUUACAAAAUGGCGUCGGAAACCAUAGAAUACAUGACUUGUGUACUGAUGAUAAAAUGUUAUUUGUCUAAAUAUAGGAUAUUAGGAUCUCACAUAUUCACACAAGAUAACAAAUUAAAUCAAUAUUGAUUGAAAUAGACCAAUAUUGUUUUUAAUUUUGAAUAUUAUAGCAAAUAUUGAGUUUGGGGUUUAGCUGCUUUAAAGAUGUUGUUGACUGUUACUAAAAAUGGAUAAACAAAGUGAAAGUAGAAUCAGUAUAAUUAUCAUGUAAGAUCAUAUGAUGUCUAUAUAUUGUAUUAUAAAUAACAUGGUGUUGACAUUUAUUUUAUCAUUCUUAUAUUAUCAUUUGUAAAUAAAAAC